GCAAAAAAGGAUUUCCUGUUGUGGAAGAAGAGGAACCAGUAAAUAUGGAGAGCAUGGGCCACCCAGAAAUUUAUCCACUAGUAUUAACUACCAAGACCCAGGAAAUAUUCAACUGCCGAAUAGAUGAAGAUGUCACAGAUGAGGAACCCUAUAAGCUUAUCAAAAAGGAAACUAUUCUGGAGGACUUGCGCAACAGAGCAGCUGUAUCAGAUUUUUACCCAGUCAAAAAAAUUAUCAGGGAAUAUCCUGGAGAUGAAAUUGUACUUGUUUAUGACAAGGACUUCAAGUAUGGACUUAACUUUUAUAUUAUUGGGACUGAAGAGGGCAAGGAAAACUAUUUAAAUCCUCCAGACAUAACAGAAGAACUAGAUGAAUAUAAAGAACUUUCCCCUGAAGAUCUAUAUGUUUACCAACCCCCUAUCUCUAAACCAUGGAUUUCUUUGGGCAGUGAAAAAGAAAUUGAAGAAGAGUCAGUUAAGGACUCUGGAAGGCAGAUUACAUAUAUGAUAUCUCGAAAGCGAAGUGAAUUUGGUGCACCAGUUACGUUCAGUGACCAGAAUGCUUCCAGUGUCAAAGAUGCCUACAUUGAAUGCACAGCUUACCCAGAUAAAAAUUUUACCCUGAAACAACUUGAGAAAGAUGUUGCUAUGCAAGUAAUACCCCAAGUCAAGGACAUGAGUACUCAGACAAAAUGGACAUAUCCUAAAAAUGCUACUACGCAAUAUUAUCCAAGAGAAUUCUCAGAAGAGGAAAAAGAAAUACUGGGACAGUCCAAGUCUGUGGCUGAUUUCCUCAACAGUGUGUGCACAAGCGUUGAAAUAGCCUUGCAACAAAAUGAACUCCUGAACACGUUUGUCGAUGACUGGAAGUUCCUGGCAGAAGAAGAAGGCACCUUUGGGGACAAGACUGAUACCCACCUGAAAGAGUACCAGUCCUUUACGGACCUUCAUAGCCUCAUCGAGAAAACAGUUACCUGUGUCUGCUGGCAUCCAACCAUCUACGGGCUAAUAGUUGUGUCAGUAGCCGUGCGACUCUCCUAUGAAGACCGAGUGCACUUCUCUGGUAAACUAUUGUUGCAACCAUCAUUGAUUCUUUUCUGGAGUUUCUCUGAUCCCAUACAUCCUCAGUUAAUGCUGGAAAGCCCAGAUGACAUCUUCUGCUUCAAGUUCUGUCCAAGUGACCCUAAUAUCAUUGCUGGAGGCUGUAUAAAUGGGCAGCCUAUGUUUCUCCUUGAACCAGAGAGUAAUAAAGAAGCAAUGUAUGUCAGACACUGCGCAGUCUCUUCCAUCGAACAUGGACAUAGGAAGGUAAUUACAGAUAUACACUGGCUGCCUGACACAUUUGAGGUUAACAGAAUGGGGUCUGUCUUUGAGAAUCGAAGUGGAAUCUGUUGUCAGCUUAUCACCUGCUCAGCAGAUUGCACAAUAUGUUUCUGGGACAUUAGACCAAUGAAACCUGCCACGACCACCCAGCCAACAGAGAAAAAGAAAGAAGAAAGUAUAGAAAUUCCAUUUGAUGUGCCACCUACUUUUUUGCAUCUUGAUCUUUCCUGGAAACCCCUCGCUAGGAUAAAAUUAUCUAAGGGUGAAACAAAUUUAGACCACUGCCCAACCAAGGUCAGCAUGAACGAAGACCAUAUUCUUUUCAGAACACAAGACAAAGGAUUAGUCCAGCCUAAAAUAAUGAAGAUAGAAGAAACAAAGCCAUACCAAAAUCUAGAAGCAGGAUUGGCCAAUAUUCUCAAGCCAAUAGACGAAUUCUGCACAAAAUUCUUUGUGGGAACAGAGGAAGGCGAAGUUAUGUAUACAGACUGGAGACUGGAAAGAGAUCCUGAUACUGGUCGAUUGAUAUCAAAGAAGCCAGCGAACCUGUAUGCCAUUCAUGAUGGAGCUGUCCAUACUGUUCAAAGAUCGCCUUUCUACAACGAUAUUAUCCUCACAAUCGGAGGGUGGAAUUUGGCCAUCUGGAAAGAAGAUAUUAUGACUGGACCCCUCCUUCGGUCAUGCUGUGCACCAAAAAGGUACACCUCAGGACACUGGUCUCUGACAAGGCCCGGAGUUUUCUAUAUUGGCCGAGAAGAUGGAAAUAUUGAUAUCUGGGACCUACUUGAGAAAACCCAUGAACCAGCCCAGACACAAAGUAUUUGCUUAACGAUGAUCACCUACAUCAAACCCUGGACCUAUUCUGCUAAGCAACAGUUUAUAGCCAUAGCUGAUUAUUAUGGAACGCUGCAUAUAUUAGAAAUUCCUUGGACAUUAAGUCACCCAUCUACCAAUGAGUUAUCAAGUGUUAACUACUACUUUGAAAGAGAACUGAAGCAGCUGGAAUAUGUGCAGCAACGCAAAAGUAUUCGUGAGGCAGAGAAGAGAGAAAUGGAGCUAGAAAUGGAGAAGAAAAAAAUUAAAAUAUAUCAGAAGUCAAAAGAACAAAUGGAAGCUGAAUUGAAAUUGGAUUAUGAGAAUUAUUUGGAAUUGGAAAAGGCAGUCCUCAUCAAUCUCGGCCUAAUCAAAGUCACAGAAAAGGUGUCAUACAUGGAUGUGUAACAAAGUUUCUGAAUGGGGUAUUUGGGGGACUACAUAGGUCUUCUCUCUUUUCAUUCAUUAUUUUUCAUGUAAGGUGAACUAUCAAACAACAUAUAUAGGUUUAUUUGUAAGUGUAGUUGUUUAUU